AUGGCCGAAGAUCGAAGCCUGGAGGUCCGAGUAGUUGCGGCAGUCUUCCUUGCAUUAGCUACAGUGGCUACGGCCCUCCGAUGCUAUGUACGCCUGGUGAUUGUGAAGGCGUUCGGCUGGGAUGAUGUCACCAUGUUAUUGGCGUUGGGAUUUUUUGGCAUGUUUUCCGGGUGCAUGAUUGGAGGAAGCAUAUACGGGACCGGAAGGCACCUUACUGAACUUACGAAUCAUCAGAGAACAACCGCCAUGGAGUACUGGUUCUUGUGCGAUGUUGCCUACUGCCUCUCGUCCAUACUGUGCAAGAUCUCUGUCGGCAUAUUCCUCCUGCGUGUUACCGUUGACAAAAUUCAACGCAUUGUGAUAUAUGCGGUCACCACUUUGGCGGCGGUGUUUGGGUUAAUGUUUUUGAUCCUCCUUCUCGCCCAGUGUAAACCGGUCGAGUUUUUCUGGAUGCGAUUAUCCACCGAAAACCCAGUUUCUGGGUCCUGCAUCAACAUGACUGUGGUCAUCGUGGCUCUUUAUAUCUUCAGCGCGGUGUCCUUUAUCUUUGACCUGACUGUUGGAGUUCUGCCCGUGUUUGUCGUCCGCAAUCUCCAGAUGCGUCGUGAUGUAAAGUUUGCCGUCGCUGGCCUUCUAGGCAUGGCCUGCAUUGCCUCAGUCGCAGUUCUUGUCCGGAUGGCAUACGUCGAGACACUCCGGAACCCAGACUUUCUAUACGCCACCGUCGGUAUCGCAGUGUGGUCCAACAUUGAGACCGGCCUGGGAAUCUUUGCCGGUAGCCUGGCGACCCUCCGCCCUCUACUACGAAUGAUCCGUCCUGGAACCGGUCGAUCAUAUAACAAAAACACCCCCUCGGCUCCUGGGUCGCGUACGUGGCCCAACUCGGCGUUCCACCGGAGCAACGCCGUACCGCUCUCGUCUCUCAUGACCACAGAAGAAGAGCGACAGAAUAGGCUAAAAGGAAAUGUGCGUGCGAGUACACCCAUCGAGACUGGACCGGGGAUGACGUCGUCGAGUGUUGGAACUGAAGAUGAACUAUCAGAUCACGAGUUGAUCCUACCAAAGGAUUCAGACUACCAGUAUCAGAUUAAUGUGCGGCGUGAUUUCCACAUCACGAGCACUGAAAACCCUGUUUGA